GAGAAGCAACCAGCCUGAAAAUGUUCAUUUAACGUCGCCUACAACAGAACAGUUUAAUAUAAUAUGGAACAAGCAGUGCCAUUAUCCUCCCCCUCAUGGAGAGAUUUUUUCCAUUGUGUUACACAUGUUAAAAAUGCUAAAACCGAAAAAAACAAAAACAAAAAAAACCAGGCAAUUUUUACAUUCAAUUCAAUACAACAUCCUUCUGGUGGUCAUCCAGUUACUUGUUGGACAGUUUGCUCUUUUAGGGUAUAUACAGCACUUGGUAUGUGCUGAUCGAAUGCGGAGGCAUCACUGACUAAUCCAAUUUGGAACCUUCCCGACUUCUUUACAGCACUCAAGGUGGAAGGAACAAGAAAAGUAUCGCGGUGACAAUGAAAGGACUAACAUUCUGUGUUUUGGCUGUCAUUAUGUUCAUUUAUGUUCAAGGUGAGGAAGAAGAGACGCUGGAGCAGGUGGUGGAGGCGGCAGGGUUUAUAGAGGAGGAGGAACUGCUGCAGUGUUUCCGUUGUGACCUGGGAUUUUGGGACGCAUGCUACACCACGGAAACCAACUGCAGCCUCGGGGAACGAUGCUUCACGGGCCGCGGGAAGGCAGUUGACUCCUUGGAUGUCAAGACACUAGGCUGUGUGAAACUGGAGGAGUGUAAUGUGGAGACCACCGUAGAAUUCUUCAACAACACCAUUUUUGUCAUGACCAAACACUGUUGUGACACCCCCUUCUGUAACAUUGCAUUCAAACCUAAGGUUGACACGCUUUUAUGCAUCACUGUCGCGUUCCUGAUAUCCUGGUGCACUGUAGUUGAACCAACACAUUGAAAUGCCAACAUUUAUUCAUUCUAUGUGCUGCCAAUAUGGGGGUUGAGGGAGUGGAUAGGGUAAUAAAACAUGUUGAAAAUGAAAAUUCAUCAGUGGCACACAUUUUUUCAUAGCCUGUUGUACAGCAAAGGAAAGCACAAUUUUGUCAGACACAUUUUGUCUUAAUCUAUAACCACUUCAUUUAACUAAACAGUGGUGGGGAUCCUUUUCUUAUCAGAGGCCAUACUAAAUUUAUAAUAGAGAAUACUAUGUGACAAUCGAACAAUGAUUACAAUAACACAUGAGCAUUUGUGGGUUGAAUAAUUUUGAGAUUCUUACAGCAUUUCAGCUGGGUUUUUAAUUAUUUGUAGAAUUGCAUCACAGAGUAGAUCAAAUGUUCCUUUAGGACUAAUAGUUUAUUUGUUAGAACCACAGGAUGAGCAAUAACAGUAACAACUUGUAACUUUACCGACUAACAAGAAAAUCAAGUGGGUAAACACGUGCUAAGAUUUCAAUACAACAAAUUCAACAAUUAUGUCAUGAAAGUAAAAUGGGCAAACUGUAACUAAAAAAACACUUGAAUUCUUGCCCCUAAUCUGGUAAUUUAUUUGGUGACAGUUCAGAUGUUUUAAAUCUGACCAGCAGAGGGCAGAAGUUCCUCUUUCAUGAAGCUAUUCAGAUCCAGAUUGUCAUCAUCCAGGUCCAGGCUCAUAAAUUUCACCACCAAAGUCCUGUAUCUGUAAAACAAACAGGUGACAGUCUCACACAGAAUUCCUUCUACUGGAUAAUGGACAAACCUAUCUGCCUGUUCAUCUGUUGAAACAUGGUCAACACGUGGGAUGGCUUUUCCUGUUCUGUAGAGCUCAGACACGUCAACCCCUCUCUGUACGAUGUUUGCAGGCAGGCCAGCCAGCCUUGCCACAUUGGCAGCGUAACUGGACUGGCAGAUGCCUGGCUUCAAUUGGUAAAGGAAAACCAAUUCAUCACCAUCUAGUGCUGUCUCUAGAGUCUGAAACAGAAACAUUACAUGAAUGCAGUCCUUGUUGGACGACACCAAUCAUCAGUAACAGUCACUGGGUUCUUUUGUUGUCUCCAAAGGUCUGCAGCAGAUUACUUUGGUCUCAUAAAACCUUUUCCUGCACUCUAACGCCCAAGGCUGCUGUUUAAAUAUUGCAGUUAGAGCAUCUGCCGGUACCAGAAGAGAAAGCAUGCUGGAAGUAGGCAAUAGGCCCAGCUGCAGCAGACUGUGAAAGUUUGUGGCCAGCAGGACGUGAGGAACAUCCGAAGGAGCCAUUUUCAGCCAGUGUGAAACGGUUGCUGCCAGCAAAGACAAGCCAUCAACCUGUAAGAGAGACAUUAGCGUUAAGUCCAAAGUUAAAUUGAAAUUGUCACAUAAAGCCUUGGGCGCUUGCCACAGUGCACAGUCCAAACUAAUAAAAUGUGACAUUGCCAACACAAGUAAAUUGUGAUUUAUCACCUUUACCACUUUCAUUUUUAUCUACUGUGUGAUUUUCUAGAAAUAGCCUUAGUCACGCACGCCUUUAACAAUAGGACUUUAAGUGAUUGUCGACAUGGCCAAAAUGUCCAAUAAAAAGUCUGCAGUCGUUUCGAUGUGCAAGAAUUCUGGUGUAAAUGUUUCCUCUGAGAUGAGGAGUGCUGCAGUUUUAGCACUUGGCGGUAAUAUAGCUUCCAUUUGUGUUGCCUCUGAGGUAGGGCACACUCUUUAAAACAAAAACUGCUUUCCUGUGCAUGUUGAUGCAGAUAUAGUCAACCUACGCUUUUAGGACACCAAAUGUAAGUUCAUAAAUAUUUUGUAAAAUAGUAUUUUAUCAAGUGUGAAGCUUUAUCCUGUUGUUCUUAGUGGUCAUUUAAAUAAAAUCUCGAAUGCUACAAACCAGAUUUACUUGUUUAUAUUCAUUUACAAAAUAACGUUCAAUGUUGCCAUUGCAGGUUUUGUAUUAAUGAGGACAUGAAGGCAAUAAUAUUUUUGUUCUCACAGUGUUUGUCCCUUUCCCAAAUUCAUCGAUGAGUACUAAUGAGUUUCCUGUGCUGCUGUUGAGUGCCUGGGACAUCUGAAAAAUGAAAAAACAAAACAGUUAAUUUGCUGUCACAUGUGGUUAUAUUAUUAUUAUUAUCUUAUAUAUAUAUAUAUAUAUAUAUAUAUAUAUAUACAGUGGUACCUCUACAUACGAAUUUAAUUCGUUCCAGGACCUUGUUUGUAAGUCGAAAUGGUCGUAUGUCGAGCAGGAUUUUCCCAUAGGAAUACAUUAUAAUUCCAUUAAUUCGUUCCAAAGCCUAAAAACAUACACUAAAUUCUUAAUAAAUACUGCUGGCACUGUUACAAAUGGCAAUUAAACAUAGAAAAACAAAUAAGUUAUAAAUAAAUAAGUCAGAAUAAUAUAAUAAUAAGAAGAAUAAUUAAUAAUUAUUCCUGUAAAUAAUGUAACGAAUUGGAUUCUAAUAUGGCGGACACUUUUUACUGUCCCUGAACGCACCGCGAAGCUGACGUCACGGUGAGAUAGGUCGGUGCGGUAGAGAUAAUACUUUCGUUUUCUUGAGAGCAGUCAACUGCUUAAGACAAUGGGCGUUUUGUGUUGGAUAAGUUCUUAAAUAAAUGAUAAAAACGUGACGAAGCUGGCGAUUUCCUUGGCAAUGUUACCACAAUAAUAAUUGUCACCUUAACUUAUAAAUAGUGGCGAACGGUGGUCGGAAGAGGACCAUGGAGCUGUAUUGUUGAGCCAGUUCAGGGACGCGCACACCAAGCUCAUAUUUUUCUAUAACUUGCAUCUUCAUUUCAAAGGUAAGCAUCACUUUUUUCCUUGUUUCUCCAACUGUAUCAACUUUUUUUGAAAACUGUGUUGAUUUCUCACACAAGAAAAUCCACCGUGCGUUCGUUUGCAGUGCUGUCAUGUCGUCGUAUUUCGAGCAACUCGUCGGAUGUAGAAACAAAUGGCGGCUCAAAUUUUACGUCGGAUGUCGAAAAGAUCGUGUGUCGAAGUGAUCGUAUGUAGAGGUACCACUGUAUAUAU